AGAGUUGCUAUCUUUGAAUUAAUUUGUUGUUUGCAACAUUGAGGGCAAGUUUGUGCCAUAUUUAGGAUUAAUUUUUCGUAAUAAAUGUUUUUGGUUGUCAGGACCAACCACUGGAGUAUCGGUGGGAACUGGGAACUCUCUGCAAAGACAUAACUCUAAAGCGCAACCUUCUUCAUCAAGCUCGGCAUUUCACCUUCAUUUCUGCGAAACCCACCUUGUGAAAUCCUGAUAAGCAUUGAAGAAUACAACAUGAUGAAUGAACGAGAGCUGAUGCUGAGCUUUGGCGAGAAUACCACUACUAGAACUGGCGAGGGAGCUUGGGGAAUUGAGAGACUUCUUUCGAUUGUGCGCCUCGGCGGUGGAAGCAGCGGCAGCUGGUUCCCAGGGGCGAACUGGAGUAAUGCGAUCAGGUUCGUCCCGAGGGCUGACUCCUCCCCAGACACCGUGUACUACAAGACCCUGGAGCAGUUGUGUGACGACAUGGAGCGCUGCUCCAGAGUGGACGGGGACCUGGUGGAAGAAGUGUCUUAUUAUGUCACGCGUCUAGCGUCAAACCAAGAAAGUCUUGCAUUCAUGUUCGGGAUGAGUGCUGUAGCCACCGACCGUUUGUUCUCUUGGAACCAAUUCCACGAAAGUUUUAGGCGUAAUUUCGUUCUAUUCCCCGAAAGUUUUAAGCACAAUUUCGUUCUACUCAAGAUCGGAAGGGGAUAUUGGUCAGUGGACAAGUUCCGCGAUGGAAUCGUAAUACAGCGAAGCUUAUCGGAGUCUCAGCUCAAGAACAAGUGCUUGAACAAUCCCAGGAUCAUAGAGGAUAGUGGCUGCAGGCUUGAAUGCAGCCGUCGCAACAAGUUCCAUUCAACUUCCUCGCGGCCAAUUAAAACAAUGAAGGAUUUCAUUGGAUGGAUGAAGGAAUCUGAACAUCUUAGCAGGCCGUAUAAUGUGAUGUUCAGCAACUGCGUUGACCUAACCAAGGAGUUGGAAAAGAAAUUUCAUCAAUGAGUUGCAUGCAACUCAUUCGCAGAUAUUUAAGAAGGCCUACUUUGCAACGACGACGAUUUGCACACUAAAUGUAUUUCUAUGUUCUAAUUCACCAAAAUAUUAUGGUCAGUAAUUACGUUGGACUUCCACUUCGAAAUGCCAGGAACCAUAAAAUUUAUCCGCUAGUGACUUCGUUGCUGAAAUUCUUUACUUUUGAAAUUCUGAGCGCAAAAAGGUUCCAGUGUUGAAAUUUCUUGAUAAUUUUAAUAAAAAUCUGAUGGCGUGAUUGUGAUCAUUUUUUCAUGUUAAAAGACUUUCAUGGAAAUCCGAUACAUCGAACUGAUUAAAUAUUUUGCUGGUAAGAAAACGGGAUCAAAGAAAAUAUGAGUGUGAAAUUUUCUUUUGCUCACAACCUUCACCGAAUAUUUAUAGUUGAACUGUCACUUUAUGGGAAUAAUAUGCCUGCAUUUAUCAUCUAUGUUGUCUCAUCCGACUUUAAACGAGCUAAUUUUAUCGUAUAGAUAAUAAGUUUUCUGCACACUCAUUUCUAAAUCUACAUUCCGUCUAUUACGAAUGUAAUAGACGAAUGUAGUAAGUAAUAGACGAAUGUGUUUUGCAAAUCCACUGUCAGAUUGCAUGCCGAGUUUGAGGUCCCCAAGAUACACGUCGUCAC